CGGUAAGAAAAUUCAGAUUUCUUCUUAUUUUCAAUUGAAUUUUCAGAUUUAUUUUAUUUUUCGAAAAAAAUAAUUAUUUUUUUAAUUGUUUAUGUGUUGAUACUAUUUUUCGACCUUUAUUUAAUUUUUUAAUUUUUUUUUUUGCUUGAUCUGUUAAAAAUUUGGGGAAAAUUCUGAAUUUUUUUCUGGGUUUAUAAUUAAGCUUGAUCAAUUAUGCAAAAUUUUGUUCUGUUGAUUUUCAGUUGAAUUUCUAGGGUUAGGGUUUAUACUGAUGAACUUUUGCUAGGGUUUUAGCUAAGAAAUCUGUAAAUUUCGUUUUUUUUUCUGCUACAAAGAGUAAUUUUGUAGAUUUAUAGAAGCCAUUGGAGCUGAAAAAAAUGUUUUUUUUUGGUUAUGGUGUUCUUUCUCAGGUGAAUUUGGGGGGAAAAAUCGAUGAAAAAUGUCGGUAACUGAGGCAGGUAGUGGAGUAAUGACGAGUAGAGAUCAUUUCAGUGUUGCCGGAGUUCAAAAUUCUCCGUCGAAUGUUCCGGCAACGACGCCGGUGGUUCAGAAUAUGCAUUUGGGUUACAGAGAUGAAAAUACGGCUGUGUUUGCCCCGCCACCGUACCAGUCGGCUGAAGGUUCUGCCGGAGCUGGGACAUCGAUGUUGCAGAACUUGAACAAUAAUUCGUCGGAGCCGAUGAAACGGAAGAGAGGGAGGCCUAGGAAAUACGGUCCGGAUGGGUCUAUGGCAUUGGGAUUGAAUCCGGCUGCUUCGCCGGUUGGUGGUGGUUCUCUUGGCGGUAGCUUGUCGCCCCGAGAUCCGGGUAAUUCUGCUGGUGCUCAGAUGCAUUCUGGAGGACCAGGUUCGCCAAAUUCGUCGAAGAAAGGUAGAGGGAGACCUCCUGGAUCCGGCAAAAAACAGCAAAUGGACAAUCUUGGAUCAACAGGAUUUGGAUUCACACCACAUAUUAUCGCUGUGAAACCAGGAGAGGAUGUGGCAUAUAAAAUAAUGUCGUUUUCUCAGAAUGGUCCAAGGGCUGUGUGCAUCUUAUCUGCCAGUGGUGCAAUAUCAUAUGUGACUCUUAAACAAACUGCCACGUCCGGUGGAACGGCAACAUAUGAGGGACGGUUUGAGAUUUUGUCUCUCUCUGGUUCAUUUAUGCUGUCUGACAUUGGUGGUCAACAAAGCAGAACAGGUGGAUUAAGUGUAUCAUUAGCUGGAUCUGAUGGACGGAUUUUAGGCGGUUGUGUGGCGGGUGUUCUAACAGCCGCAUCACCAGUCCAGGUUAUCGUAGGUAGCUUCAUUGCAGAUGGUCGGAAAGAGCCAAAAACAUCAAACCAUUUUGAGGUUUUACCUGCUCCGUUGAAUGCCAAUCUUGGUGUUGGUGGUGGUUUGACAGGGGCCAAUAGCCCACCAUCACGAGGCACUUAUAGUGAAUCAUCUGGUGGACCAGGCAGCCCCAUAAAUCAGAGGGGUCCAGUAUGCACCAACGAUAACCUGCAAGGAAUCUCAAGCAUGCCUUGGAAAUGAGUUAUUAACGCUCUCUUUUCUGACCAAUUGAACUCCGUGUCAUCGACUAGUUCACUGAAGAAGACUCCAAGUGAGGAUUGUUGUAAUUUUAAUCGGUGUAAUCGUAGUUGUGCAGAAAUAAGGUUCACAGACACUUCUUACCUCAAGUUCAAGAACUGGUGAGAAACGUCGAUUUGCUGAUGCGUAGUUGUUCUGCAUUUUCUGUCUUGUUGAUUUAAUUUCUUGUAUUUCAUCAGUCAUAGGACAUGGUUUGGCUUUUUUUGUUCUAUCUAGUAAUCACUUACUCAUAUUAGCCAUCUUCCAACUUUAGAGUGUAUUUUAUUGCAAUUCUGUGAUCUAGAAUAAUAUCAAUUAUGUACUUUUUAUGUGGUGGUUAAUUCAU